UGUUGCUUGACGUUUCCAACAAAACGUCAAACGUCAACCCAACCUCUGAUAACUCGCGAAAAUGUUCAAUUAAUUCGUCCAAAUCGCCGAAAACCCCGCAAUAAUGCAUUCCAAAGCAAUAAUUCUCCUCGCAGUGUUAGUGUCUAGUGAAUCUCAUUCCAUUCGUUCGAAUCUUCUCGACGAGAGUUUCCUUGUUACACCGAAAUAUCACACCUACGAUGAAUUGACCAAUUUAUUUAAAAAAUUAGAGACUGAACAUCCCGAAAUCGCAAAAUUACACAGUAUAGGACGAUCUGUACGAAAUCGUGAAUUGUGGGCGCUUGAAAUUAACGCAAAUGUAGCAAACAGAACAUUGAUGACCCCCAUGUUCAAAUAUGUGGCUAAUAUGCAUGGGGAUGAGGCCGUGGGGCGACAACUGAUGAUCUAUUUAGCCCAAUAUUUGAUUUAUAAUUACGGGAAGGAUGAGAGAGUUACCAGAUUGGUUAAUUCGACUGAUAUUUAUUUGAUGCCGUCGAUGAAUCCUGACGGGUUUGAAAAUUCGCAGGAGGGCCUCUGCGAGUCCAAGCCCGGCUACAUCGGCCGCGAAAACAUCAACCACAAGGAUCUGAAUCGCGAUUUUCCGGAUCAGUUUGAUCCGGUUCGUACCGGUACGUUAAACUUUUUUGUUUUUCCAAUUUUCAAUUGUUUAUUUUUGACAGGUACGAUAUUAUCGGGCCGCCAACCCGAAACUAUCGCAAUCAUGACUUGGAUUAUCUCGCGUCCGUUUGUACUUUCGGGGAAUCUCCACGGUGGGGCUGUAGUCGCAAGUUACCCUUUUGAUGACUCUAGUUCGAGUCACGAAUGCUGUCAUGAGAGUAAAUCCCCCGAUGAUGGUGUGUUUAAAAAACUAGCCUUGACGUAUUCGCAAGCUCACCCGAUUAUGAAAGGGGGGCGCGCGUGUCAGACGGAGACCUUUAAUCAGGGUAUCACAAAUGGGGCGUUUUGGUAUGAGGUCAGAGGGGGCAUGCAGGACUUCAAUUACGUCCAUUCGAAUUGUUUUGAAGUGACUUUUGAGUUGAGUUGUUGCAAAUUUCCCCGAGCGAAGACACUCCCGUCGGAAUGGGGGAAAAACAAGGAGGCACUUUUGAGGUUCAUGGAGGCUGUGCAUUGGGGCGUGAAGGGGGUAGUGAGGGAUGGGAACGGCGAGCCGGUUUUGGACGCUGAUGUGGUAGUUAAAGAGGUGGCACAUAAUGUCUCCACUUCCAAUCGGGGGGAAUACUGGCGGUUGUUGUUACCGGGGAAGUACACAAUGUAUGCCACGGCUUACGGGUUUGAGCCAUCGGACGAGGUUAGUGUGACAGUUGAAGAUGGCACCACCACCGUCCAAAAUUUCACUCUGAAGAGGGCGCUGCCAACCAAAGAUGAUUUUAAGGUCGUUGUUGACCGAAGUGGGCCGACUUUUGACGAGUACGGUUUUAUAUCCUCCAAUACUCAAUUGUUUAAGCAUCACCACUAUGACGAAAUGGUGAAAUUCAUGAAAGAAAUUAACUCGACGUAUCCGAAUAUAACACAUUUGCAUUCAAUCGGAAAAUCGGUCGAAGGGAGAGACUUGUACGUCAUGAUUAUAAGUUCGACUCCUUUUAAACACGUCCCUGGUAAACCUGAGUUUAAGUACGUUGCAAAUAUGCACGGCAAUGAGGUAGUAGGCCGUGAAAUGCUCCUCUACCUGAUGAAAUACUUGUGUGAGCACUACCAGGCCGAUGACAGGGUUACCAACCUUCUCGAAACCACCCGAAUUCACUUAAUGCCCAGCAUGAACCCAGAUGGGUACGAAAUGUCGCACGAGGGCGACGCUGGAGGCAGCGAUGGGCGAGGCAAUGCACACGGCGUCGAUUUGAAUCGGAAUUUUCCCGACCAAUACGUCACGAAUAAAUUUAAUAGUCUCACAGAGCCUGAAACUCGAGCUGUGAUGGAUUGGAUCCUCUCGGAGCCUUUCGUACUAUCCGCAAAUCUCCACAAUGGCGCUCUUGUCGCUAAUUAUCCUUACGAUGAUAACAGUCCAGGUCGCCACGGCGAGAAUUUGUCGCCCGACGAUGCGAUUUUCAAAUAUUUGGCGCACAAAUAUGCCGACGCCCAUCGCGAGAUGCACAAGGGGGGGCCGUGUCCCCUUUUCCCGAAGGAGCGCUUCCAAGACGGCAUAACCAACGGUGCGAAAUGGUACGAAGUGACUGGGGGUAUGCAAGACUGGAACUACCUUGUGGCCGGUUGCAUGGAACUCACCUUAGAAAUCGGUUGUUACAAAUACCCCAUGGCUGGAGACCUCCCCAAUUUAUGGCUUGACAAUCGUGAAGCCCUUCUCACCUACAUGGAACAGGUGCAACGUGGAGUACGUGGUUACGUUCGCAGUACCAUUGGACGGCCCAUUGAAGGGGCUAAAAUCAUCGUCGAAGGGAUCAGUCAUUAUGUCAAAUCGUACGAAGACGGCGAUUAUUACAGGAUUCUGUUACCCGGGAAGUAUAAUUUAACGGUGGAGGCGUUAGGGUAUGAGAGUUACACGAACGAGAUUGAAGUACCCAAAGAAGGGAGUUUUGUGUAUAAUGUGAGUUUGAUGAGGGAUGAUCCUUUGCAUUGGGCAAGUGCUUAUGAUUUCGGAUUGGGGGAGAAUCAAUAUAAUCCCAAAUAUCACACCAAUAGUGAGCUGUAUGCGAUCAUGGGGGCUUUGGAGAAUCGCUAUUCGAAUGUUGCCACGUUCAAAAAUGGCGAUGAUUAUGUUUCGAUGACGUUGAAAUCGCUCAAAAUCACGCACGAGAUCGAUUCCUCCGACGAACUCAAAUUCCACAUUGCGAUCAUGGCCAACUUGUACGCGACGCAACCAUUAGGCCGUGAACUGUCAAUUUAUCUCGCACGUCAUCUUUUGAGUGGUCACUCGAUCGGUGAUCCUGUCAUCGUUGACAUUUUAAAUAAUACAAUUGUUCACGUGAUACCUGUCAUUGAUACGGCUUUCGAGCAAAUCUGGGGUGGCUAUGAUAAACAAGCGAGUGGGAGAGCACGUCCUGAGCACUACACGUGUAAUAAUAUCACAGCCGACUUUAAACAAGUCGGUGAUCAGGUCAUAGGGGGCGCUCGUGUCAACGGCGAAUUAAAAUCAGUCGCUAAUGCUUUUAAACAUCUUCUUAUGGAAGAGAAAUUCGAUUUGGUCUUGAACAUCGAAGGUGGUUCUGGACGAGUAAUUUAUCCGAAAACUGGGGGCAAAAUUAACCUUUUUCAAACUUAUGCUGAAAAAUAUUUAAAAUCGUUCAAGAAUCGACCCGAGUGUCAUCGAAACGUCAAAGGGACUGAUGAAACCAUCACUGAUGUUAUAUACAGGGAGUUUGGAGUUCCGGUUAUAACCGGUAAAGUGACAUGUUGCGAGUAUCCGUCAGUUGUUGAUAUUCCUUACAUAUGGCGCGAGGCUUUAACUCCAUUAAUGACAGUUUUGACAUUUACAACAACAGGUGUUCAAGGUUUCAUCAUCGACGAUCGCAAACAGCCGAUGCGUAAUGCAACUAUACGCAUUGUCGGUUAUAACCGUUAUUAUGACGUCACACGAAAUCAUCAAGCCAAAUUUAAAAUUAUGUUACCUGAGGGACAAUACACGAUCGAAGUGUCCUGUCAUGGUUAUAUCAACGCCACCUAUGAUACAACCGUUAAAAAUGGAAAAUUUGCGUAUUUGCCCGUUAUUUUACAACCGAAUUCGAAUGAAAUAUCCGGUAUUAAGGGUUACGUCAGAGAUAAUUACAAUCAUCCGAUCGCAGCCGCCUCGAUUAAGAUUAUCGAAAAAAAUGUUACUAUUAAAACUGACAACGAGGGUAAAUACAGUGUUGCCAUGCCUCCUGGAACUUAUACUUUGAGCGUAUCAGCGUCCGGGUUUCACUCCAGUAUCAAAUAUUUUACGAUAGAUGGCGUUGUUGGGUCUCAUGUGGUGAUGUUUACUUUAGUUAAGGAUAAUACAAUGUGGGGUAUGCCACGAUUGGCUUUUGUUAUUGUGAUGGGAUUCGUUUGUUUCGGAAGUUUGGGUGUACUUUUGAUGUGUUAUGUGGCAUGCAAAAGGAAGAGUGACUAUGGUCUGUUGUCACAGAAUGGUUUCGAUGAAGAUUUCAAGGAUUUUGACGAAUCAAAAGAGACGGAAUUGUUCGCAAGGCCGUUGCCAGUUAAACCAAUCACAAGGCCGUAUUUUGAUGAUGAUGAUGAUACUGACGGGGAUGCGAGUUCGGAAGACGAGGAGGAUGAGAUUGUUUUGUUGAAUUCCAGAUAAGUGUGAUAUAUCUAGGAGUAAAAAAUUACCAGAUUUAUAUUUUUUGACAGCAUUGACGAAAUCUCCAGAUUAUUUUUUGAUUACUUUUUUUUGUAUAUAUUUAAGAGUUAAUGCAUCACCAAAUGAGGUGACUGUUACAGUAUUUUAUUAAUAACAAGUUACUAAUAUUUCUAA